UUUACUCUUCAGACUUUCUCGAGCUUUUCCACAGCGGAAUAUCCUCACAGCCUUCAUCAUGACUUUUGAGGAGGUCCUGAUCCAGAAACCCACCGAGCGUGCUCAGUGCGCCGGCACUGCCCUCGAGGAGGUCCUGGUGACCGCCAAAGACAACGACUCCCUCACCGUUGGUGUCUACGAGUGCGCAAAAGUUAUGAACCUAGACCCGGACAGUGUGUCUUUCUGCGUCCUGGCCAUGGAUGAGGAGUUUGAGUGUGACAUCGCCCUCCAGAUCCACUUCACCCUCAUCCAGUCCUUCUGCUUCGACAACGACAUCAGCAUCGUCAGAGUGAGCGACAUGCAGCGUCUAGUGGAGAUUGUUGGGGACAAGGCGGAACAGUUUGAAGAUGCGCACUGCGUCCUCAUCACGAACCCGGCUGACGGGUCUUGGGAGGACCCCGCUCUGGAGAAGCUGCACCUGUUCUGUGAGGAGAGCAGGCAUCUGAACGACUGGGUUCCUGAGAUCAGCCUCCCCGAGCGCUGAUCUGGGACCUGCUCCUCACUCGCUCAGAUGCUGCAAAGCUUCUUAUCUGGAAAUACUCAUCCUGAUGGACAGGAUGACCCUGUUUCUGCUCAUCCCUGGAUACUCCUGAGGAGGAUUCCCGUCCAGGCAGCACGGCGCCGGCCCGAGGGGCCCCCGUGAACCGUCGCCUCUUGUCCCGUCCAUGCCAAGAUGACUCUCAUUCUUUAUGUGAAUGAGGUCGGGCAUGCCACAAGAGCGACGCAUCGACCCUCAUUCUUUGUGCGGAUGAGGUUUGGAGAGGAAGGAGAAGCGAUUUCU